AGUUACUGGAGGUCACUUCAUGUAACGCGUGAAUUUGUUUCAAAAUCCGUUUUGUAUAUUUGUUCUCUUUCGUUUUCUUCUCCCUUCCGAUUUCCUUUCCCCGUCCGGUUCUCAGUUGCACCAUCCUAGAUGCUUCGUCAACGUGUCGGAUCGCUAUCAAAUGAGAGCCGCCCACCUUCAAGCUUCAAUCAUAUCUCCAUCUCCACCCCCACCACCCCCACCUAUCCGCAUGUCUCAAUACAGCGGUCGUUGAUGACGGUGUUGAAAGUCUACAGCCCGUCUGUGAAGGUCGUGAACUCGAAUACUGAUAGCCCGGCAAUGAUACCGGCGUUCGGCAGUGGCGAUAAAGUUGGCGGAACUGUUGAAUUGGAUCCCGCCUGCUCACAAGCUGGACGUCUCUCAGUCUCGAUCGAAGGAUCGUUCUCAUACAGUGAUUCGAACGACGGUUUCAACAGCACACCGGGGACUCGACCGGACAUGCACAAACACGUCUUCUUCUCUUCCUGCAGGAUAAUACCUGUCUCGUCAAGCUCUGAAUUCCUUCCUAAUCGUUCUGGCAUACUGAAGGGCGCUUUUUCGAGUCUCAGGAAACGUCCGAGCGUUCCCAGUCUCAAGAAUAACGGGAGUUCGGAUCUUCACAACCGACUAUAUCCUUUCGAAUUCGAGCUCCCUCGAAGCUGCAGACCUGGGGAAGAACUACCACCUACAUUCGCCUCUACCUCACAGUCUACAGGUUCGGGUCUGUCGUCGUCGUCGUCGCGGUAUUUUUGUGUGGAGUACAAACUUCAGGUUGCGUGGGAACCAACUGAUGCCUCUGAAUAUCCGUCUUUUCUUGAGGUCCCUUUAAUCUACCACCCCGACCUCGACUUCCAGUCGGUCGAUUGCUCCCCGAAAGAGAAUGUUUCAUGGCUGGAAAUGCCCUUACGAUCGGACAGGCCAAUGCCUUUCCGCUGUGCUAUCACCCUUCCCACCCCGGUUACUUUCUCACGUUCCUCAUUCAUUCCUUACUAUGUCGUUUUCACUACAACCCCUCGUUCCCUAACCUUGGCCAAGGAGAUUGCUUCGGAUGCUACGAUAUCCGUUACACUUGUCCGCAAAAUAACAGUUACUGAACCUCAUCCUCUGCCUCCAACGCCACCUCAAACCCCCUCUACUAACAGUGACGAUUCUGAUUCUUCGAGAGGAGGCAAGCUCUUGAAACGCGUUGCCCGAAGUCGUGCUGGCUCGAUAUCGUCGUGGUCCCCGAUACCCAAAAGUCCCGCUCAGGAAGAGGAGUCCGAGAAGGAAAAACCUCUGCCUCGGCUUCCUAUGCACGCUGUGUUUUCGGACUCGCAGCCUCUGCAUACUAGCAUAUGCAUAGGUUUUCCAAAACGACCCCGACACCAACUUGGUCCUGAAAAACAUCCCACUCUGGACUCCCAGGCUGCCCUACCUGAUGGCCUACAUAAGGCUAAAUUUCUUCUCAUUCAGGGUAUACUCCCUUCUAUAGACUGGGCGGGAGUAAGCGUCAAGUAUUACCUGGACGUUUCUGUUCUUAUCGGUCAGGACGACGUUCGAGCACGGGUGCCCAUUCAACUAGUCUAAUUUCGCGUAUAUCCACCUGGUCGUCUUCUUGGCUGCCUUGUUUUUAUUUUUUGUUUCCGAUGGACGUAGCGUAACAUUAUUUGUAUUUUUAAGCUUUCUUGCAUUUGAUAUCUGGACGUAGAGAGUAACACCAACUAGUAUGUAACAAAAGAUUCUCAAUGGAAACCAUUUCGACUGCCUUGUCUUCAA